UCACAAGAUGAGGAGUCAGAGCCUUGCAAGGCCUACACCAAAAUACGUACGAAAAUUCCUUAAGAUUGAAAUAAUUUAGAAACCCAGGAAGCAAUCUAAAUAGGCAUGUGGAGAUCGACUACCUUUCUUUCACCAGAUAAAAGGAUCGAACUCAACUCCUGCUUAUUUAUAAUUUCAUAGUUGGAAAUUUUCAUGACAUAUACUAUUUCCAACUAGUCCUUGAGUUAAAUCGGUGAGGUUGUACCUUGGAUUUCCUAAAGUUGGGCAACCAUGCAUGUUUUUAUACAAAGAGAUGAGUGGCUCUACAAGGAAUUCAUGUAUGGCUCAACCACUGAAAACAACGUCCUAUAUGAGAAAGAUUACAACAUCUUUGAUAUCUCCCUAUAGAUGUAAGAUAUUUUCUUGAUUCCUUCCUCAGAAGCUUUGAUUCAAAGUCAACUCUGGAAACACACAUUCAUUGUUUGAAGUUUGAAGUUGUAAGGAUGGAGAAGCAGAGUGAUUGCAGCAUGAUUGCGAUAUUGCUGGCUGUGGUGGUGGCUGCUUUCAUCCUCUUCCUGUCAUUGGUUAUGGGUCCUCUGCACCCGCCUUCCUAUCCUGUUCUGCUCAUAUUUCCGGUGGUGCUGGUGGCCGCUUUCAUCUUCCUCCACCAGGCAUCCAAGUGACACGGUACUCUUUCUUCACAUUUAUGUAUCGUAGUCAAAAAUUUUGAACACAUAAAAUACAUGCAUUACAAUGAAUAGCAGUGGUUAAAUUAUAGCGGUGAGGUUAAUUGUACAUUGAAUGAGUGAGCCGAGCUUUUUUAUACAAAGAGAAGGCUGAUGUUGACGAAUAAUGAUCGGUCACUAUCGCUAUCAUUGUAUCGGCCUCCUUGACAGAGACUGACGCAGAGGAAUCAAAGAAGACAGAUCGAGAAAACCAGAGAGAAGAGAGAGAGGAUGGGUACUGUGAUCAAAAGUAGGGGUUUUAUAAGCUCCAGAGAGGUUUUUAUGGUAAUGCGAAAUGUUGGGGUGCGUUAUAGAAUUGUUGAAGGAAAAGUACGUUAUAGAAUUGUAGAAGGAAAACAAAUAAGUGAGACGUGGGAAGGUGAAGAAACAAAUACGAAUUGCUGUAGUUAUCGACCAAAUCCCUAAGUUAUUGGGAUAUAAUUACUAUUUACUACUAUAAGAUGCUCAGUGCUUAUUAUGAUCAGUUUUGUAACAGUAGCUGUUAAUUGCCAUAAACU